AUGAGGUGCUUCUCGUGCUUCGAUUCCAAGGAGGCGGAGCAGCUGAAUCCCCGGAAUGGGGCCGACGAGCGGCGGGACGAGUCGCCGAUGGUUCCUCCCCAGGUUCAUCGACUGGCCUCAGGUUGGGCUCCUCUCGCCGCCUCUGAUUCAUCUAGUCGAUUAGCACCUUUCAGUACUCCAUUAACGGGACGAUCUGAUCUCCCUCCCAUGGGAUUCGUACUCGCCGGUUCUCGGGUCGCGGGAUUUUUCUCGAUUUGUUCUUCCCUGUAAUCGGCCGGACGCCGGAAUUAGGUGAAUAGAUUGCGGAAUCUGUUCAGCGAUUGCCUGGAUUCUCGUUCAUCUUGGGGAAUUUGCUGUUGAUUGAUCUUUAUUCAGUCCAUUGACUUUGAUCCGAUCAUGGAAGAUGGCCCUUCCAGAGGACCUGGUUUGAUCGAGAUCUCCGACAGACGUGUUUUCGGUGGCUUUGAUCUCAAUUCUCUAUUAUACCAUCUCUCUUUCCCUUGAGCCGCUUAUCACAUCCCAUUCAAAAUCAUUUCUCUCUCUCUCUCUCUCUCUCUCUCUCUCUCUCUCUCUCUCUCUCUCUCUAUGGGUUCUAUGUGAUUGGGGGGAGACUCUCGUAGAUGAUCAGGCCUCCUGAUCUUACCAGGAAGACAGCAACAACCCUGAUCGGAUUGGGGCCGUAGAAACCUGUUUUAUUUAUUUUGGAGGCCUAGUUUGUACUGGGUUUUUUGGGAGAUCGAUCUGGGUUUCAUUUAUAUCUGCCAAAUCGAGGAUAAUCUGGUUCUGAUCGAGUGUUCUUAUGACUUCUCAGGGGCCGAUAGACAAAGACCUAAGAGCAAUGCAAGCUCUAAAAAGGAAACACAGAUCCAAAAGGAUGGGGCCGGCAUCAACAUAUCAGCCCACAUAUUCGCCUUCAGGGAACUUGCCACGGCGACAAAGAAUUUCAGCCCAGAAUGUUUCUUGGGGGAAGGAGGUUUUGGAAGGGUCUACAGGGGUUGGCUUCAAAACUCUGGCCAGGUAAAGCCAUUCAUAAGAUGGGAAGAACCAUCUAUUUUCGGUUUCAGAGUAUCUCAAGAACAUUUGGAUGGGCUUGGACAUCGGUUCCCUUUUGUUUUAUAUAGUUUUGGAAAUCUGCGAUGGGCUGAUAUAUUGCUUGAAAUUAUCUUUUUUUUUUUACAAGGGCUGGCUUGAAAUCUCUAGUCAAGCAGAGUUGUUCAAAGUUCAGGACAAAAUAUCUAUUCUUUUGGUUAUGUUUAAUAUUUAUAUGGAUGAAUAGAAUAUAUUUCCCUUUUUUUUAAUUCUGGAAAUCACAUGAUGGGCCGAUAUAUUGCUGUCGAUUUAGAAUUUUGGAAUUAUAUGGUGGCUUCAAAUCUUUUGCGAUGUAAAAUUGUUCAAGAUGUGGGAAGAAGGAUCUAUUUUUGUUUUGAUUAUGAUUAGUAUCUAAUUUGGUUAGAACGAAUUUAAUCAUUUUUAAUUCGGGAAAAUAUGUGAUGGGUGAAAAUAAUGAUGCUCAUUUUUUAACUGUAUAUUAAAUAUUAAACUAUUAUGAUCCACUUAGAGCCAUGAAUCUAGAAGAGUUUAUAGACGAAAUCAUGUGGGAGUUGAAAUUUAAUUCCUGGCGUUGAAAUUAUUGGUGCUUGGCAGGUUGUUGCUGUGAAGCAACUGGACAGAAAUGGGCUGCAAGGAAACAGAGAAUUUCUGGUGGAGGUUUUGAUGCUUAGCCUCUUGCAUCACCCCAACCUGGUUAAUUUGAUCGGUUACUGUGCUGAUGGGGAUCAACGCCUACUCGUAUACGAGUAUAUGCCCCUGGGUUCGCUGGAGGAUCAUCUGCAUGGUAUGAACUAUGCUAAUAUAUAAAUAUCGAUUCAAACUUUGCAUCCAAUUGUUCACUUCUUGAACAGAUAUUUCUUCACCGUGCUCGCUGCUGUAGGAUCAUUGACAUUGUUUGAUUUAUGCCAAUAUUUUUAUUUUUUAAUUCAAGUUUCUAUGAUUGAGAGAAACUUUGCAGGGCAUCAUGUGAUCGUCAUAUUCUCGGUGGAAGAUUGAAAAUUUUAAAUGAAAAAAAAUCUUGUUUGCUUCAGAGUGCUGAGAUCAUAGACCAAAGUGAUUCUGCAUGGGAUGCUGAAGAUAGUGGCCCUAAGUAGCCCUAUAGGCCAUCUUGUGUGGUUUGAUCCUGCAGAGAUCAAUUUUUCUUAGGCUUCAAGGGAAGAGAGAAUACUGAACAGAGCUUGGAUGGAAACAAUGAACUGAAGUUAUUGCUUAACCUAUGCUUGCUGAAUGCUAAUAUCAUGUGUGGGGUUGGUGGGAUGUGAAGGUUCUCUAGGUGGGUGAUGAUUACUAGUUCUUGAUCUCUGAUUCCUCUAAUAAAAAUAUCAUGUAAUGUGGGGUGUAAUUAUAAAAAUCGAAAUAAUUCCAGAGUUCCAUUCAAUUGAAGGAGGGUAAAUGGCCCUGAAAAUGAAGAAAUCCUCCUGGAUUUCUGGCCCAAAUGUUCAUCUCAUCCGACUGGCUGUCUAUCUAUCAGACAUCAAAACCAUCCUAUACCAUGAAAAAAAGAAAACAAAAAUCAACCAGUGAGAUAAAAAAAAUUGGAACGACUAUGUAAGUUCAUGCAUUGAAUUCUUGAACUUGGGUUUUUCCUAUUCAACUCGCAGCAAAGAGGUGGGGAACUUUGGGGCUUGCUUACUCAUCUUGAAAACCACGGAGAACAGAUAUUAUUGCUUCAAAACUCCCCUUCUACCUCAAUGAACCCCACAUUUCCCCUCCCGUCUCUUUGGCAUUUGGUGUCUACAUGAGAACCCAAAUAUGAACGGUGCCCAGUUCCUCUGUGCAUGAGGGCUUUGCUUCCCUAAAAUAUCACUGCUCCUCUUCAGCAAAAGGAUAGAUUGCCGCUGGUUUUCUCAGUGUGACUCUCAUGUGUGGCACUUUGGUACCCCUUUUUGUUGCAAACUAUUCUGUACAACAGUCAAAAAGCCCGUUCAUCUCAUUGGUCUAUCUUAGCAAAUAGUCAGACCAGUUGCCUAAUUUGAUGGACCUCCAGUUUUUCUAUCCCUCAUCCAUCUUCAUUCACCCGUUAAUUGGCAUAUUUUGAUUGAUCCUGACAAUUAUUCACCCAGUUUCCUAUGGUUUUAGCAAUCAGUUUCCUAUGGUUCAUCAUCCAUCUUUCUGUGUUGACGCAUACUUAAAUUUCAUGGGGACAUUGAAAGAUUUAUAUCUUUAAUUAAUGUUCAAUCAUUAGUUCAAAAAAUUAUAUAAUGUUGUGAUUAUUAUUUGUACCCUCUGCUCCAUCCAAACAUCGAUCUGCAGUUGUAAGCUUCAACCUGAUAAUCAUUCCAUCUUUCGGGUGUUAAAAAUAUAUGGAAAACGGGGCAUAAUGAUCUGAUUGUAGCCUGUGGGAUGCUGACCCUGCACUCUCUCGGGUUAAACGUUCACUAACUGUAGGAACAUCUUCAUGCCUACUAAUCUGGGGAUUUGAAGCCUGAGAUUCCAUCUGCAGAUCUCCCUCCCGAGAAGGAGCCCUUGCAGUGGAAUACAAGGAUGAAGAUCGCAGCUGGUGCGGCAAAGGGUCUGGAGUACCUCCAUGACAAGGCCAAUCCGCCCGUUAUUUACAGAGACUUCAAGCCGUCGAACAUACUCUUGGAUGAAGCUUACCAUCCUAAACUCUCGGAUUUCGGGCUCGCAAAACUCGGGCCCAUGGGUGACAAGUCUCAUGUCUCAACCAGAGUCAUGGGAACUUAUGGCUACUGUGCUCCCGAGUAUGCCAUGACCGGGCAGCUGACAGUCAAGUCUGACGUCUACAGCUUCGGUGUUGUGCUGCUGGAGCUCAUCACCGGGAGGAAGGCCAUCGACAGCACCAGAGCUCACGGAGAACAGAACCUUGUUUCCUGGGUAAUUAACCACUCACUUUAUAUAUCUCCGGUUGGUUUUGGUUUUAGAUUUGUUUUUUUUCUACAAAUGUUGAAAGGGUUUUCCUCGAAAGGUUGAAUAAAACAUCGUUCUCUGGAAAUGAUUUCUCUGUUUGAUUCAGUUGUAUAUUUGUUUCCUCAUUAGUUGAAGUACUUAAUUUUCUUUUUCAUCUAAAUUUUCUGUGGGUUUUCCCUCAUGUGGGUUGAUGAAACCUUGUUUUGCAAGUGAUGAACCGCUUGAUUUGGUUUUAAAUUAGUCCUGAUGAACUGAACAGUCGAUUCUUUUUCUAAAUUUUCCGUGGAUUUCCCUCAGAAAGGUGAUCAACUGCUUGCUUCGGUUUUAGAUUUGAUCCCUGAUCAGUGGAAUUAUUGAGUUUUUUUUGCUUCUAAACUGACUUUAGAUUUUCCAUGAAAGGGUUGGACAGUAUGAUCACAAGCUUUUUUUCUGAAUUUUUUUUAUUCCUGCAAAUUGAGUAAUUACUUCCUUGAUUUCUCUGGCUGAUUUAGUUUUAAAUUUGAUUCCUAGUGCUGCCGAUUUUCCUCAAAAUGGUUGAAGAAAACCUGGUUUCGUGGGGAUGAAUCUGCUUGAUUCGGUUAAUUAAGUUGAUGAUUCCUUUUAUUUUUUUCCUAAAAAGGAUCGGAAAAUGUGAUCACUGGCUGACUCGUACGACUGCAAUUUUUUUCAUUUGUCUAAAUUCUGUUACUUAUCAUGGGUAACUAGCCGCUUGAUUAAUCUGCAAUAUUCUACUUUAAUUUUUUUCUAAAUUUGCCAUAGAUUCUCCUCAAAAGGGUUUUAAAAUGUGAUCACCUGCUUUUUUUUUUCUGAAUUUUUUAAUUCGUCCAAAUUUACUAACUUCCACGGAAAAUAAGCUGCCCAGUUCCUCCUCUUGAUUUUGUUCUGGGUCUGAUUCAUAAUCCAAGACUUGAUUUUUAAUCCAACAAGCGAUCACCAACCUUUUCUUCUCUGGAAGCUCUUUGUUCCUCCAAAUCCAACGACUUUUCAUGGGUAAUAAAUAACCCGCUCGAUCCCUCUGCAUGAUCCUGCUCAAGAUCUGAUUCCUGCUCAUCUGAAUCAUGGGCUCUCUUUUUUCUGUAGAUUUACCGCAUAUUUUUAUUCCUCAUGAGGGCUCAAGAAAUUAUGAUCUGCAAGCAGCCUACUCCUGCUACAACCACACAUAACACCGAAAUCUCUCGCCUGUUCUUCCUGAAGCAAAUCCUGCAAUUUCUUUCGGGAAAUCUUAGAACACAUGGUAGAUUCUGUCUCCGAGCAAUGAGUUCUUGCCAGCAGGAAGCCUACUCCUGCUACAUAUACCACCGAAAUCUCCGAGCAACCAGACAUAUACCACCGAAAUCUCUCUCCUGUUCUCCUCCAGUAGAUCCUGCAAUUUCUUACAGCAGACAAAUCUUCAGAUUCUGUUUUCCGAGCCAUGAAUUCUCGCAGGAGGGAGGAAGGGAGUGAGGUUUAAUCGGAAGAUCUGGACGAUCCUCUUUCUUACCCUUUUUCAGGCGAGGACCAUGUUUAACGACCGGAAGAGGCUUCCGAAGCUGGCGGAUCCGAGAUUGCAGGGGCAGUACACCAUGCGGGGGCUCUACCAGUCGCUCGCCGUCGCCUCCAUGUGCAUCAACGAGGAGGCCGCCGCCCGCCCCCUCAUCGGCGACGUCGUCACCGCCCUCACCUACCUGGCGAACCACUCCUACGAGCCCGCUACCGCCGGCGGCGGCGCUCGCGCCGCCACCGCUGGCGAGCAGGAAGAGAGGAGCGGCAGCAGGUACGCGAGGACGCCGGGGAGGGGCGAGGACGAGGGCGGCUCCGGCAGCAGGUGGGAGGAGCCCCCGGCGGCGGCGACGGCGGCGGCGGUGGCGAAGAGGGAUUUUGAUCGGGAGAGGGCGGUGGCGGAGGCGAAGCUGUGGGGGGAGAACUGGAGGGAGAAGAGGAGAGCCACCGCCGCCCUGGGGAACCCCGACGGUUAG